AUUUCACAACAAAAGACGUUUUGGCGCGGCAAGGCAGAUGUAUUGUGUUUUCUAUUUAUUGCGUUUUCGAGUUUUAUUCCGUUGUUUUUGAGUUCCGUAUUUUUGUUACCGUUUGGUAACCCAUUAAUGUACUACUUUAGUUUAUGUGUCUGAGCUUUAUUGGCUAUUGAAUACUGUCCAUGCUGGAGCAAAAUCGAAUCGAUCACCAUGGAAGCUUAUCUCAAACAGUACCACGAUCAGGAAAUCACCGAUCUGCUUAACAAUCCGGAUGAUUUGCUUCAUGUGUCCAUACAUGUAAACUUUACACACCUGCAGCGCAAGCAACCGCAGCUUUUUGCACGUAUCUUUCAGGAUACGGAAGCGGAACUGGACCGAUGGAACGAAUGUCUACUUCGUGCCCAAAAGUCUCUCAUCGAGGGCAAUCUCUUUCUCGAGCCGGGAUUUCAAAUCAAACAGAACUGUCACGUCCGUUUUGUGAAUGUACCGGUGUCCCCGGCCGAACUCCGAAAGACGGCCUACCCGAACAAUGAUAGCGUUGGUCAGUUUCUGCAAGUAAAGGGUAGUGUAAUACGCAUGACCUCUAGCCGAUUUCUGGAAUACAAACGCGAAUACGUAUGUACGCGCUGCAAGCGUAAGGUACUGAUCGAGGCGGAGUACAGCAAAUCGUACGUGUUCGAAUCACCGGGACCUUGCCCGAGUGCUCGUGAAGCCGGUUGCCGCGGGCAGCUAAACCCGAUUUCGGCACAGCCACAGCCUGACCUAUGUCGCGACUAUCAAGAGAUCCGUAUUCAGGAAAUAAUGAGCGAACGCAAUGUGCCUGCUUCGUUGGUGGUGACGCUCGAAGAUGAUCUCGUGGACAGUUGUCAACCGGGUGAUUGUGUGACGGUUUGUGGUCGUAUAGAGCACCGCUGGAAGCCUCCGGUUGUUGGUCGCCGCACCGAGGUGACCAUAGCGAUGCGUGCCAAUAGCGUUGCUCGGGAGGAAAGCAAAGCAAGCUGGGCCAAAGAUUUGCCAGAGUAUUUGCUGUGUGUACAAGCCGAGUGGCAGGAGGUGCUUCGUGAUAUUGGUGAGUUGGCAGCACGUGAUCUACUAGUUCAAUCGAUCGCUCCCGCCAUCCGUGGGAUGUAUCCAGUCAAGCUGGCGAUAGCACUAGCAUUAGCCUCCUGUACGGAGCGGGUAGUAGAUGCAGAGCAACAGACCACAGUGCGGGGACACUCACAUCUGCUUUUGGUCGGUGAUCCAGGUUUAGCUAAAUCGCAACUGCUGAAGUUUGCUUCCGAAAUUGCAAGCCGUGCCGUGUACACCACCGGGAUGGGCUGUUCGUCAGCAGGACUAACGGCGGCAGCGGUUAAGGAUGAAGGAGAAUGGCAAUUGGAGGCAGGUGCUCUCGUGCUGGCCGAUGGUGGUAUCUGCUGCAUCGAUGAGUUCAAUCUGAUGCGCGAAACAGAUAAAGCUUCAAUUCACGAAGCAAUGGAGCAGCAAACGAUCAGCGUGGCAAAAGCGGGCAUGGUUUGCAAGCUAAGCACGCGGUGUGUCGUGUUAGCGGCCACCAAUCCGAAAAACCUCUACACCAUGUCCGACGGUGAGGGUACAUCUGCAGCGAACAUUGGAAUUGGUGGUCCGCUAUUGUCCCGCUUUGACAUGGUGAUGAUUCUGAGGGACAUCCGUGCUGCUGAUUGGGAUGCGGACAUUGCCAAUCAUCUACUUGCGCUGGCCCUGCUGAACGAAGAUCGUGAAUGCUUCGAGGGUGAAGCAAACAGAUCGGAUCGGAUUGCGCACUGGGAAUUGGAAAAACUGCAGCUACACUUUGCCGCGAUCAAGGACAUUCAUCCACGCGUGUCUCACGAAGCUAACUUAAUCCUCGGUGCAUACUACAAAGCAUGUCGAUCGGAUCCAUACAGAGACCCCACACGGACGACGGUGCGGUUGCUGGACAGCUUGUUUCGAUUGGCCCAAGCACAUGCCCGGUUACUAUUUCGUAGUGAGGUAACUCCGAUCGAUGCCAUCACGAUUAUCCAACUGAUGGAGGCCAGUUGGGGUUUUGGAAAGAUCGGUAUACGGACUUACGAUCUUAUCAAAGCGCAGUUACCACUUGGACCGGAACAGGUUUUCAUCGAUCGGUUGCUAGAUUUGUUAAAUUUACAUGAUUUAGUACAGGAUACAGCAACAGUACGGCACAUCGAUGCGAAUAUACUGCGGCGCUACCAUCGAGAGAUGAUCGAGAAAAAUAAGAGAAAGCAACUGAAGCAGCGCGAUAUAAAUUCGGAAAGCGGACGGAACGGUUUCGAUGCAGAUGCUGCUAGGACUCAGCAAACAGUUAUGUCUACGUUAGCUACGGUUGAUGAUUUUCAGGAACAGCGAAAAACAGUUGCAUCAGAUCCUUCUAUUUCGAAGUAUGCUAUUAACGCCAAGGCCAAUUUUAAAAAGCUCCGUAAACAAACAGCCGUUACCGACGCGGAAGAAACUAAUUCUAGAGGAGCAAAAAAGCGUAAGCGUCCAACAAAUGAGCCAGAUGAGGAUCCUACAUUGAAAGCUCCGCUGGAUGAAGCAGCAGUUGGAAAUUUACUUGGAUCAUUGAGGAAACAUUUUGAAGAAUCCGAAACCGACAAACAAUCGAUGCCAUGCACGGAAAUGACACAAAGUGUCGGAAAGACGCAAACUCAAAAUAGAGACAUUUCCUUUAGUGCUCUCUUGGACACUAGUCAGAUAUUUGAAGACGAUGAUGACGCUAUCGACAACGCAAGUGCCGCAUCAUCACUCGUAUGUGUUCGGGAUAGUUCUCCCAAGCAGGUUUCCAGCUUUCUCACGGACAACGGAUGGCAGACAAAACAAAAUUCGCCUGCUAAAGGACGAAACGCAUCAUUUAGUGGUCUGUUGGAAGAUGGUGCGAACAUUAGCAAACUAUUGAGCGAAGACAUUGAUUUCGAUGAUGAGCCAAACGUGACGUCUGGAAAGAACAACAUCAUGCAACGAGGUCCAUUAGCCGAUACAAUACCGAACACCAAUUUAAACACGGGAGACAGUAUCGACGUUAUUCGUAACACGAAGACGGAUACCGAUGUCGAACGUUCCGUGUAUCAAAUCAAUCGUUCGAGUCAACGUAGACAAUGCGGUAGUCAGCGUUCAACCACUGGUACACAGGACGCACCCGAACACGAUGAUACAGAUGAUUUACUAAAUUUUGAAAUAGAACCCUCCGGAGAGUUUCCGCUUCUUAAUGAGCCUGCUUCUGGUUCUGAUGUGUACACACCUUAUGUACCAGGACUACGUACUCAGACGCGCCAAAAGCUUCAAUGCUUCGAAUUCCAACCGAAGCGACCGGAUGCUUGUUUGGACGAAGAUGACAGUGCCUACGAUUCGAUGCUACGUGAUAAAACAGUACAACCGCAAGGACAUGUUACUAAUCGGCAGAGAACUACUACUGUUGCUGUAUCCCAGUACAGCGGUCUAGCCGAUGAAGACAUUGAGUUAAACUUAUCCGAUAUUGAGUUGUAAUGGAAGCUUUUAGUGUUAGCGAUUGCUGGAAAGGGCUGUGAUAUUUAUUUCUGCGUUUGUUUUCGUCUGCACGCGUUUCAGUUGUAUACAUAAUCGUGUUCUUUUAGAAUAUAA